UAUAUAUAAAUGUAUCAAUAUCUUCAUUCUCCUAUCGCUUCUUCUUCUCCCCUCCCUUCUUCCUCUCCUCUUUCCUUUUUUUCUCUGCUUCCGUUACCCUCCUAGUAAUACUCUUCCCAGUUCUUUUCGAAACCAUGACAAAAAGCUCCGAAUUCUUAUUCUCUUCCUUUCUCCGCUUCCAAUCUGCUUCUGACCGUGCUAGCAACGGUACGAGUCCCGUCCGCCCUUGUUGGGCAAAAGGUUCUAGGGGACGUGUUGACCGAGAAGUAGGAGUAGAGCGUGAUGACUGGGAAGUGGAGGUUGAGCGAUAUGACCCGGAAGUGGAAGUAGAGCGAGAUGCCAU